AUGCCAAAGAAGAGAGCUUCCAACGGUAGAAACAAGAAGGGCAGAGGUCACGUCAAGCCAGUCAGAUGUGUCAACUGUUCCAAGUGUGUUCCUAAGGACAAGGCCAUCAAGAGAAUGACUAUCAGAAACAUUGUCGAGGCUGCCGCCGUCAGAGACUUGUCCGAGGCCUCUGUGUACUCUGAGUACGCUUUGCCUAAGAUCUACAACAAGUUGCACUACUGUGUUUCUUGUGCCAUCCACGCCAGAAUCGUGAGAGUCAGAUCUAGACAAGACAGAAGAAUCAGAACUCCUCCUCAAAGACAAAGAUUCAACAGAGAAAACAGAGUUUCUCCUGCUGACGCUGCCAAGAAGGCUGCUUAA